CGACACUUUCGGUCAAAAUGACAUUUUCUCAUUAAACACUAUCAUACCUCGUAUUCAGGCUCAUUACCGUAUUGAGGCUUUGUGUUGCAACCAGACGCUCCCGAGCCUGUUAUCGCUUAUCUUAACUUAACUUAACUCUACUGCCAGCUAGUCCACUACAACGCUUCUCUGCCACUUUCACUCUCCCCCAAACCCCUCAAGGUCCUCCACUCCUCACUCACACAAGCCCUCCCCCGCCUCCUCAAACCUACCCGCACGCAGUUAUGGCAACUAGAAAGAAGUUCCUCAAGGUUAUUAUCCUCGGCGACAGCGGAGUUGGAAAAACAUCGCUUAUGAACCAAUAUGUGAACAAAGUGUUCAGCGUGAGCUACAAAGCAACCAUUGGGGCCGACUUUCUGACAAAAGAUGUGAUGGUCGAUGAUCGGCUUGUUACUUUGACUUUGUGGGACACCGCCGGGCAAGAACGCUUUCAGUCACUAGGCGUGGCCUUCUACCGCGGAGCUGACUGCUGUGUUCUUGUUUACGAUGUGAAUAAUGCAAAGAGCUUUGAUAAUUUGAAUUCUUGGAGAGACGAGUUCCUGAUUCAGGCUUCACCGAGGGAUCCCGAUACGUUUCCUUUCGUUGUGCUUGGGAACAAAAUUGAUGUGGACGAGUCUAAACGCAGGGUGUCGAAUAAGCGGGCGCAAGCAUACUGUCUCUCCAAAGGCCAGUUACCACACUUUGAGUGCUCGGCGAAGGAUGGUGCAAAUGUCGAGGUUGCGUUUGAGGCUAUCGCGAGGCAAGCUCUUGCACAGGAUGAAUCUGAAAUCGACUACUUUGAUCCGACUGUUAAUACUGGAUUCCCGAUAGAAAGUGAUGGGUGUAGUUGUUAGAGGAUAUUCGUUCUCCUCAACCGGAGAACGAAGGUCGUUUCGGGCUGCGGGGGUGUUCAUUUUCAAGUGGCAAUAUGAUGUUUGGCUUUUCUAUAAUCGUAACCUGCAUUCUGGGCCGGGUCAUUGCGUACACAGGGCGUUUGCGUGGGGAGGAGUUUCAUCUUCAUUUUAUUGUUUUCAUUUUCUUCUUCCUCUUCGGGCCAAAUUGUAACUGAGAUAUAAUAGGGUAAUUUGCGAUAGUGUUUGUUUU